AUGGCUAGCAAAGAGAAGGUCAAAGUAUGGGCGAGGAAGCUGGCUGUAGAGUCCGAGCCCGGGCUUACCAAUGCUCAAUUGAUGUUGACAAACUACGAUCUCAAGCCUGUAGAGCCUGAGCGACGACAAUGGGGUCCGUGGAAUUUUGUCGGAUUUUGGGUUGCCGACUCCUUCAAUAUUAACACCUGGAUGAUUUCAUCCUCUAUGAUUGCUAAUGGUCUAUCCUGGUGGCAAUCAUGGCUUUGUGUAUGGAUUGGCUAUUCGAUUGCUGCUUGUUUCAUUUGCCUGACAGGCCGGAUUGGUGCCACUUACCAUAUCUCAUUCCCUGUUGUGGCUAGAUCCUCUUUCGGCAUAUGGGGAUCGCUAUGGCCCGUCUUCAACAGGGCUGCUAUGGCUUGCAUAUGGUAUGGUGUGCAAGCCUGGAUCGGUGGUCAAUGUGUCACUUUGAUGAUCAGGUCGAUCUGGACUGCUUACGCCGAACUCGGUCAGGAUGGUCCCCGCAACUCGAUGCCUGUAUCAUCUGGGACCAACACCAUGGACUUUCUUUCAUUUUUUCUCUUUUGGGCUGGCUCUCUACCUGCUAUCUGGUUUCCUGUCCACAAAAUCCGUCAUCUCUUCACCGUGAAGGCAUACUUCGUUCCAGCUGCUGCCAUUGUUUACUUUGGAUGGGCAAUCGGUCGAGCUGAUGGUAUCGGCCCAAUCGUCCAUCAACCUGCUGAAGCUCGGGGUAGCGCUCUAGCAUGGGCUUUUGUCAGUGGUGUCAUGUCUAGUAUUGCCAACUUUGCAACUCUGAUUGUCAACGAUCCGGACUUCUCUCGUUUUGCAAUCAAACCAAGAGACCAGCUCUGGUCUCAACUCUUCACGAUUCCGUGCGGAUUUGCAUUCACCUCAUUCAUUGGAAUCAUUGUCUCUUCCUCCUCAAAGGUCAUCUUUCCGGACCAAGAUUAUAUCUGGAAUCCUCUGACUCUCCUUGGGAUGUUCCUCGAAAACGCCAGCUCCGCUGAACGUUUCGCAGUUUUCAUCAUCGCAGCGGCAUUUACGCUCGCUCAACUCGGCACCAACAUUGCGGCCAACUCUAUCUCCGCUGGGACUGAUAUGACAGCCCUUCUUCCCCGCUUCCUCAACAUUCGCCGUGGUGGUUAUAUUUGCGCCGCGGUCGGCCUAGCCAUGUGCCCGUGGAAUCUACUGAAAGACUCCAAUAGCUUCACAACCUAUCUCAGUGCCUACUCUGUCUUCCUCUCCAGUAUCGCAGGCGUCAUAAUUUCCGAUUACUACUUUGUCCGCAAGGGCUAUCUCGAGCUCAAAGAACUCUACUCUGCCAGCCCCUCAAGCCCGUAUUUCUACUGGUUCGGUUGGUCUUGGCGUGGAUACGCCGCAUAUAUUGCCGGCAUCCUUCCCAACAUUGUUGGGUUUGUCGGUGCGAUUGGCAAGCCUAUCCCCAUUGGUGCGGCAUAUGUUUAUCGGCUCAAUUUCUUUGCUGGCUUCAUCGUCGCCAGUUUGGUCUACUGGCUGCUCUGUAAAUACUUCCCCAUCCCUGCAGUCAGUGAUCGGUGGUUCGAGCAGGGUGAAGCUGCAGACAGAGCGUUCAGCGUUGCUUACACGGAUGGACAAGGGUAUGAUGAGGAAAGGUCGAGUGGAUCGGAUCAUGGCAGGAGUGGGAAGGUGAAAGAAGCAGAACUUUAUGCGGUGAACCAGAAGUCAACUGUGCAUGAGGAGACAACUGUUGGGAAGGCCUACUAA